UUUCAAGAAUAAUCAAUCAGUCUGGUAAGAGAGAAAAAAGAAAAAAAAAAAAAAAGGAAAAGAAAUGGUUGGAAGGCAGCCUUGUUUCAAGCUACUUUUGAGUAUUACAACCACUGCUGCAAUUUCUUGAAUCUGAUUUACCAACAUAUUUCCAUUGGCUUCAAUGAGUACUCAAGGAGCCUCAUUGUUGACAUCGUCAUCUUCUUCUUCAAGACGGUGGAUUUAUGACGUUUUCCUUAGUUUCAGAGGUAAGGAUACACGUAAUAGUUUUACACGUCAUCUAUAUGUUGCUUUGCAACGUUCAGGUAUUUUUACCUUUAGAGACAAUGAAAAACUUGAAAGAGGAAAAUCUAUUUCACCGGAGCUCUUGAAAUCAAUAGAAGAAUCGAGAUUUGCUAUCGUUAUUCUCUCAAGAAAUUAUGCAUCUUUGACAUGGUGCUUGGAAGAACUUACAAAGAUCAUUCAAUGCAUGAAAGAGAAAGAAAUGACAGUUCUACCUAUAUUUUACGAAGUGGACCCAUCUGAUGUACGAAAACAGAUGGGAACUUUUGCACAAGCCUUUGCUAAGCAUAAAGAACGUUUCAAGGAGAACAUAGAGAAGGUGCAAACUUGGCGAGCCGCUUUGAGUGAAGUGGCCACUCUCUCUGGAUGGCAUUGGUAUUCACAAGAUAGGCCCGAGGCAGAAGUUAUUGACGAUAUUGUGAAAGUGAUAUUUAAUAAACUCAGUUAUACAUUCUUAAUAGAUACCACGGGACUAGUAGGAAUAAAUUCCAGAGUGGAGAAAUUGAUGUCACAUUUAGCUAUAGAGUCAAAUGAUGUUCGCAUGAUAGGAAUUUGGGGGAUAGGAGGAAUGGGUAAAACAACUCUAGCAAGAGCUGUUUACAAUAUGAUUUCCAAACAAUUUGAAACAUGUAGUUUUAUUGCUAAUGUUAGGGAAGUCAGUGAAAAAUAUGGGAUGCUUCAGUUACAACAAACACUUUUGAAUGAUCUUUUGAUUCUUAGAGAUAUGAAUGUAAGAGAUGUUGAUAAUGGAAUUCUCAUGAUCAAGAAUAGGUUACGUCACAAAAAGAUUCUUAUUGUUCUUGAUGACGUAAAUGAAUUAGGCCAAUUGAACAAAUUAGUUGCGGAGCACAAUUGGUUUGGUCCAGGUAGUAGAGUUAUCAUCACAACAAGAGAUGUGCAUUUGCUAAUGACACAUAAAGUUGAUGGAAUAUAUGAGAUUGAAGGAUUGAGUUAUGAUGAAGCUUUUCAUUUUUUUAAUUCAAAAGCUUUUGACAAAGAGCAUCCUACCGAAGAUUAUCUAGAGCUAUCCCAAGCCUUUAUAGAUUAUGCUAAUGGUCUUCCUUUAGCCAUUGAGGUUUUGGGUUCCUUUCUGUACAAUAGAAGCACGUAUGAAUGGAAAAGUGAAUUAGAUAGGCUUAAAGAAUUUCCUGAAGAAAAAAUUCUCAAUGUACUUCGAAUAAGUUUCGAUGGACUACAAGAAACAGAGAAGGAAAUUUUCCUGCAUAUUGCAUUUUUCUUGAAUUACAUAAAUCAAGAAACUAUUAUAGCAAUAUUAGAUCAUCUUGAGCUUUACCCAAAAAUUGGAUUAAGGGUUCUUAUUGAUAAAUGUCUCAUCAAAUUUCAAGACGAUAAAUUGUGGAUGCAUGAUUUACUCCGUGAAAUGGGUCGAGAUAUAGUUUGUAAAGAGUGCCCUAAAGACCCUGGAAAGCGUAGUAGAUUAUGGCUGUAUAAAGAUAUUGACAAUGUGCUAACAAAAAAUACGGGAACAGAAACAAUUCAAGGCAUAGUCUUAAAGUUACCCAAACCAAAAGAGGCACAUUGGGACCCUAAAUCCUUUUCAAAGAUGCAUCGUCUGAAGUUCCUCACAAUUGGAAAUUUUCAGCUUAGCCAUGAUCCCAAACAUCUUCCUAAUUACUUAGGAUUUCUUGAUUGGAGUGGGUAUCCUUCGAAAUCUUUGCCAGCAAGUUUCCAACCAAAUGAGUUGGUUGAACUUCACAUGUGUUGUAGCAACAUUGAACGACUUUGGAAAGGAACAAAGUCUUGUGAGAUGUUGAAAUUCAUCAACUUGAAAAGCUCUCUAAAAUUUUUUGAAACCCCUGACUUCACCAAAAUCCCAAUUCUUGAGAAAUUGGUUCUUGAAGACUGUACAAAUUUACGAGAGAUACAUCCAUCAGUUGGAGUUCACAAAAAGCUUACUCUUGUUAAUCUAAAAGGUUGCAAAAACCUUAGAAGUCUUUCAGGAAAGUUUGAAAUGGAGUCUCUUAAGAUCCUUAUUCUUUCUGAAUGCUCAAAUUUAAAAAGAAUUCCAGAAUUUGGGGAGAACAUGGAACGUGUAUUAGAACUUUACUUGGAUGGUACUGCUAUUACAAAACUACCCACAUCAAUUGGAAAUUUGACUGGCCUUUCUUCAUUGAAUGUAAGAGAUUGCAAAAAUCUUAUGUCUCUUCCUAGCACUUUUUUUAAUAUAAAGUCGCUUAAAGAUCUCAAUCUUUCCGGAUGCUCAAAACUGCUAGAGAACUUGGGAAAUGCAGAAAGUGUUGAGGAGCUUGAUGUGAAUGGACAAAUGCCUUCUUCUAAUGCUCUUUUCGAAAUUUUUAGAAAAAUAGUUUUUUGUGGAUUUCAACUCAUCCCUUUUUAUUCAAUGUCAAGAAGUUUUGAUCCCAUGGGCUUGCUAUCGUCUUCUCUAUUUGGUUUGUCUUCUUUGACCACAUUGGAUUUAAGUUAUUGCAAUCUCAAGGCAAUCCCCAAUGAUAUUGGUUGCUUAUUCUCUUUGCAAGACUUAAAUCUAAGUGGAAAUAAUUUUGGUGACCUUCCAGAAAGCAUUAGUCAACUAUCUAUUCUAAAACAUUUGUACCUGACGAAUUGCACGAGUCUUCGAACAUUUCCGAAGCUUCCAUUAAGUAUAGCUUAUAUAUGGGGAAACGGUUGUUCCUCACUAGAAACAGUAUCAAAUCUAUUGAAACCAAAUUCUUCGUGUGAGCCAGAACUUAGUCUUUCAAAUUGCAGUAAACUGGCUGACAAUCAAGGCUUCAUUGACUUGUUUUAUGCAGUGAUAAAAAAGUCUCCCAAGGGACUCUCUCCUAGAUAUCAAGAUAAUAUAUAUGAUAUUAUUUUUCCUGGAAGUGAAAUUCCGAAGUGGUUUAGCCAUCAAUGUAUGGGGAAUGAAAUGAAUAUAAUGGAACCUUUUUCUCGUUUGUGUAAUGAAUGGAUAGGAAUUGCUGUUUGCGUUGUAUUUUGUUCUCGUCCACAUCACCCAAUUUACCAUGAAAAGCCAAGUUAUGGCCAUUUGACAGUCAAUGGAGAACAUUGGUUUGUUGGACUAAGCAUUAAUGGAACUGUUGGUUUAUCAGAUCAUAUUUGCCUAGAUUAUUGUCUUCCUCAAUGCUACCCGUAUGAGGACAGAAAAUCAUUUUGGGAAUGUGAUGCAAAUGGAUUCUGUGAGAUUGGAAUUAAAUAUGAUAACACACCUUUAAUCUUGGUGAAGAAAUGUGGGUUGCGUGUGGUAUACAAGAAAGACAUUGAAGACCUUAAUCGGACUAUGGCUGAGUGUAGCAACAACAACAUCAUUCCUUACAAUGGCUUGGAUAUUCCCCAUCAUUUUUUCGACAAUUCAGAAGUGGUGGUGGAAGGUAACCAAAAGGAUUGAAAGAGUUCCUGAAUUUAUGGCCCAUGGUAAAUUUGAUUGUGAGGAGUCAAGUCUGUACAAGGAAUGUGGUGAAGAGCUAAGCAAUUGGCAGUAAUCAACUAUUUUUUCUCUUGAUUACUUGCCAAUUAUUAGAGACAAACCAGAGGGUGGAAGUGUGGAUGUAACAUUGGCCCCUGUCUUGCAGCGCCACACUGCCGACGGUUCUGAAGACAGUGUAACCGUGAAAUAGUUCUAUCGGUGUAAGGAUGACCCAGUGAUCCAAUCUUGUCAGUCCAACAGGCUUGGCGACCCACUUUCAGCAGGUUGGUUUGACACUAUAACAGAUUGGGAACAUGUAAUGAAGGAGGAUUUUGAGGAGUAGAACUGUCAAGACCUGAAUCUCCCUUUGGUAAAUGGCUCUGUAUCCUCUGAAAGACAUUUAUAUGCUGUUUCUGGUAAAGAAACAUGGCAGUUACUUGUAUUAUAAAGAGUAUAUGACUGCUCUAUGAACUUGUAAAAAGCUCAUAAACGUGUCUGGAUUUUCAGAACCUAUGUGUUUGUUUCUAUUUUUUUUAGCUAUUUGUCUAGCAACUUGUAUAGCUUUCUGUUUC